AACGGCAGGGCUGGCAAGUUUCUGGAUGAGGAGAGACGGCUAAGGGAAUACCCCUUCCCAUCUAUUGCUCCUGUACCUUACCUUGAGUUCCGCUAUAAAAGACGUGUCUACACUCAACCUACCUGGAUGAAAAGCAGUUGUCCAAGCUCCACACUAAGGCAAACCUGAAGAAAUUCAUGGAGUAUGUGCAGCAGAGGAACAUUGAAAAGGUCUCAAGGUUCCUGGAAAAAGGCCUGGACCCUAACUUCCAUGAUCCAGACACAGGAGAAUGUCCUCUAACGCUAGCAGCACAGCUGGAGAGCUGUGCAGAGCUCAUCAAGGUGCUGAAAAGUGGAGGGGCACAUCUGGACUUCAGAACAAAAGAUGGGAUUACUGCUCUGCACAAGGCCGUGCGCAGCAAAAACCAUACAGCACUUAUAACGCUGUUGGACUUGGGUGCAUCUCCUGACUAUAAAGACAGCAGGGGGCUAACUCCUCUCUACCACAGUUCGAUGGUAGGAGGAGAUCCCUACUGCUGUGAGCUGCUGCUGCACGAUCAUGCACAGGUCGGCUGUGUGGAUGAGAAUGGCUGGCAGGAGAUACACCAGGCAUGUCGCUAUGGCCAUGUGCAGCAUUUGGAACACCUGCUAUUCUAUGGAGCCGACAUGAGUGCUCAAAAUGCAUCUGGAAACACGGCUCUGCAUGUGUGUGCGCUCUACAACCAGGAGAGCUGUGCACGGGUUCUCCUGUUCCGGGGAGCCAAUAAAGAGAUAAAGAACUACAAUAGCCAGACUGCUUUUCAGGUGGCUAUUAUAGCUGGGAACUUUGACCUGGCAGAAAUCGUUAAGGUCCACAAAGCAUCAGAUGUUGUGCCUUUCAGGGAGACUCCCUCCUACACCAACCGUCGACGUGUGAUGCCUGGCCCCCUGCCUUCACCCCGUUCCUUACUUCGCUCUGCAAGCGACAACAACCUGAACGGGGACCACGAUCACAUCCAUGCUCAACCAACCAGAGAAGCCCGUGGCCGCCAGGGUCACUCCCCCGUCCCUUCACUACGCAGUCUGCCUGCUUUUGGGCAACAGCACAGCAGCCUUGGAGAAAGUCGUCAUGGAGAGAUCCCUGACAGCAGUCUCCAGAGUACUGGCAGCUCCAGAUCCUCCCAUUCCCGUUCACCGUCUCUACAUCACAUGCAUGAAGAUGACAAACCAGUUCCUAGACGGUCCCACAGCCACGGCUACCCUCAUGGGCAUGGCCCUCGUGGAAGACUCAGCCCUGGCUCUGUGCAGAGAGACCCAAGCCCACCUCAUCACACGCCUCCAGCACUGUCAGGCUCCCGCGGGCCCAAACGGAAACUCUACAGUGCCGUCCCAGGACGUACCUUCAUUGUGGUCAAGCCCUACACGCCACAGGGGGAAGGAGAGAUCCAACUCAACCGUGGAGAACGGGUCAAAGACUAUGACUGUAAUGACGUAGAAGUGCUCAGCAUUGGGGAAGGAGGUUUCUGGGAAGGCACAGUCAAAGGGAGGACAGGAUGGUUCCCAGCAGACUGUGUGGAAGAAGUGCAGAUGAGACAAUACGAUCCACGACUAGAGACACGGGAGGACCGCACUAAGAGACUGUUCAGACACUACACUGUGGGAUCUUACGACAACUUCACCUCAUACAGUGACUAUAUCAUAGAGGAGAAGAAUGCUGUUUUACAGAAGAAAGAAAAUGAGGGGUUUGGCUUUGUCCUGCGGGGAGCCAAAGCUGAGACGCCCAUUGAGGAGUUCACUCCCACCCCGGCGUUCCCUGCCCUUCAGUAUCUGGAGUCUGUUGACGUGGAAGGAGUGGCCUGGAGGGCCGGUCUAAGGACAGGGGACUUCCUCAUUGAGGUAAAUGGGGUGAAUGUUGUGAAGGUGGGUCAUAAGCAGGUGGUAUCCUUGAUCCGCCAAGGGGGCAACAGACUGCUGAUGAAGGUGGUUUCAGUCACUCGCAAACCAGAGACUGAGGAAGUUGUUCGCAAGAAAGCGCCGCCACCACCCAAGAGAGCUCCCAGCACCACCCUGACACUGCGCUCUAAGUCCAUGACCGCUGAGCUGGAGGAACUAGCUUCUGCUCGGAGGAGAAGAGGAGAAAGACUAGAUGAGAUGUUGGCAUCACAGGAGUCUAUGUUGCGUUCUCAGCCCUCUGAGGCAGAUUACAGAGCAGCCACUGUCAAACAACGGCCCACCAGCAGGAGAAUAACCCCAGCAGAGAUCAGUUCACUGUUUGAGAGACAAGGGAUGACUCUACAUGGAGGUCUCCAUCCAGGGAUUGAGAGAGGUCACAUACAACUACCAAAGGGCAUGUCCAGGACCAAAUCUUUUGGUGCCACUGAGGAGGAUCGGCUGUCUGCUCUUGUAGGCGAGCACCGAUUUCCCCGCAGUUCCUCUAUGACAGACAGCCUCCGAGACCACUCACAACCCCACCCUAUCCCUCCCCCUCCACAAACGGCACCUCCUCCUCCUCCUUACUAUCUAGACACUGGUCCUCCCCCAGCUUUCUGCCCCCCUCCACCUCCAUCGAGAACACAGAGUCAGGGCCAUGAGCCUGCAGGACGUUCGAGCUUCAAGCCGUCCUCCUUGGACCUGCCUUACGAGGCCGCUCAGCGGCAGGCCACACACAUUGAGAGACAGAAGAAAGCACGCUCCAUGAUCAUUCUGCAGGAUUCUUCUCAUUUACCUGUUGAACCUACAGAAAUUCCACGUCCUUCUGCUGCUACUCCACCUGAGCGAAUCAAAAGGAAAGGUCGGGUUAUUGACAACCCUUACGCAAACGUGGGUCAGUUUAGCAUUGGACUGUACACACCUACCAAGCCCCAAAGAAAGAAGAGUCCUCUGGUGAAACAGCUACAGGUGGAAGAUGCACAAGAAAAAGCUAGUUUGGCCUUAGCUGCUGCCCACUCGCGAGAGAGCUCACCCUCAGGACGACACCCACUUACCUACGGGCACACACACACCAGCCGUGCAGACUACUACCAGCAGCAGCUGAUGGCUGAGCGAGAGCGUAUGCGUGUUCAAGGAGAGAUGAUGUUUCAGGGCAAGGGCCCCUUUGCCGCUGCAAUUGCUGGAGCUGUAAAGGAUCGUGAGCGUCGCCUAGAAGAACGGAGGAAAUCCACUGUCUUCCUUUCUGUUGGGACCAUGGAGGGGGCAUCUACCACCAGCUCUGAUUCCCCCUCUCUGACUCAGUCUCACUCCAUCGAUGAACGGAUGCUGACACGAGAGCUGGGACAGCUGCCUCCCCCUGCCUUGGCUCUGAGCCCCUCACCUAGUGGGACCACCUUUAUCCAUCCACUUACAGGAAAGCCUCUGGACCCCAAUUCACCACUGGCUCUUGCGCUGGCCGCAAGGGAGAGGGCACUGACCUCCCAGAGCCAGUCCCCUACUAGCAGCCCAGAGCCUCGGACUAAACAAGAGCAAUUAGGCCAGGGUGUAAUAUUCAUUGACACUCAGACCAAAGAGUCUCCACAUGGGGAAGGGGCAGCUACAUCUCCCCCUUUUUCACCUAAAAGCGCCAAGGUAGCGGGUUUCGGGGUUGGAUCCUCCGCAGCAUCAAUUUUAUCCCCGCAGCCCACCAAGCCACAGUGGGCUGCAUCUUCGUCACCUGUAUCAUUCCGGCAGGAGAUGGAGGCCAGGAUAGAGGAAAGGAAGGAAGAGAAGAGGUUAGAGGAUAAAAAGAGUAUGUUGAUCAGUAUUAUGGAUACAUCACAGCAGAAGACAGCAGGGCUAAUCAUGGUCCAUGCCACCAGUAAUGGGCAGGCUGUUGGAGUGGAUUCAGAACAAGAGCAGACACCUGCCCCAGACUCCAGGGAGCCCAGCAAAUCACCAAGUCCACGCGCUAAAUCCCCCAGUCCCAGUGUCGCCCAGCCCCAGACCCAGCUCCAAGCUCAGAGUUCUGCCAGUCCAGUCCAAGAGAAGGGUCUGGCUCAGGGAAGCUCAGAGGAGGAUGUGGAUCCGUACACAGUAACCCUUCCCCCUGCCAUGUUAUCCUCCAGCGAUGAGGAAACACGAGAGGAGCUACGUAAGAUUGGAGUUGUUCCGCCACCAGAUGAGUUUGCUAAUGGGCUACUGGCACAGGCACAAGGGGCGCCAGUGUCUCCAGCUAAGCCUGCUGUGUCUCCCGCCACCCCUGCAACACCAACGCCACAAACGCCCUCAACCCUAGCAACGCCAGCUGUGACCCCCACUCAGCCUGCUCAACCCCUGCCUCCACCCAGUGCAGCAGCUGUCUCAGGGAAGCCCUCUGACCCUCUGGAGCCCCCACCGGUGGGUGAGUCUGGCUCUGCGGCUGACUCAGGCGUGGAGGAAGCUGACACGCGCAGCUCCAGCGAGAGAGAGCGAGACCACCAUCUCGAGACCACCAGCACCGUCUCCACGGUUUCCAGCAUGUCCACAUUGUCCUCAGAAAGCGGCGAGCCUGCCGACACACACACCACGCACACCUCCUAUGCCGACGGGCAGACAUUUGUGCUCGACAAGCCGCCAGUGCCUCCUAAGCCCCGACUAAAAUCCCAGAUAGGAGGCAGUAAAGGCCCCGUCACUUUCAGGGACCCUCUGCUGAAGCAGAGCUCUGACAGCGAGCUGCUAUCACAGCAGCAGGCUGCUGCCCUGGCUGCUGCUGCAGCUGGAGGAGCUGGACUCCCCCCAGGUGGUUCAGCCUCAGUUACUGGUCUAGCCCCCACCAAGCCACGCUACCUCUUCCAGAGGAGGUCCAAGCUAUGGGGAGACCCAGUGGAGCCCCGUGGCCCAGGAGUGGGGCUAGGUAUUGGGAGUUUGGGAAAUCUUGGUGGGCUGGGACUGGGGCUGGGUGCAGAUGAGGGAGCAAAACCAUCUGUUAUGGGAGAGCUCAGUUCACGACUACAGCAGCUAAAUAAAGACACCAGAUCACUAGGAGAGGAACCUCUGGGAGCAUCACUUGAUCCAGGAAGGAAGUCACCUGUGGCAGGUGCCAGACUUUUCAGCAGCCUAGGUGAGCUCCACACCAUCUCUCAAAGAAGUUAUGGAACCACAUACACCAUCCGCCCUGGCAGUCGCUACCCCAUCACCCGACGCACCCCUAGUCCAGGCUCACCUGAUCGGGGCGACCCUCUUGGACGAUUCUCAGGCUACGGCCUACCAACCUCACCAACCACACCGCCACAAACUAUCCUCAAAUCCUCGAGCCUCAGCCUACCCCAGGAGCCAAAGGAGGUCCGCUUUGUAAUGAGGAGCUCCAGCGCCCGUUCCCGCUCUCGCUCUCCGUCCCCGUCACCUUCCCAUUCACCUGGGUUAGGUUCACCACUUUUAGCUCUACGACCCUUUCACCAAAAACCCCUCCACCUCUGGAACAAGUAUGAUGUUGGAGACUGGUUGGAGAGCAUCAACCUGGGGGAGCACAGAGCAGGGUUUCAGGAACAUGAGAUCGAAGGUUCUCACCUCCCUGCUCUAACCAAGGAUGACUUUGCAGAGCUGGGAGUGACACGAGUCGGACACCGCAUGAACAUUGAGCGAGCACUGAAACAGCUGCUGGAGAGCUGACCCCUGCCCUGAGACACAGCCACAGAUGGAGAUCGGUGAAGACAGACAGAAGAUUCGGGGGUUAAGGAAAAUAAGCGAUGCGAUAGGGGCCGCUCCUCUUUUACUCCGGCUGCUUUUAUGUUCGGCAUCACAAAUGUUGACCUGCAGCUCUUAGGCACACUCUGUUUCCAUUCUGCAUUAACACCCUGCACUUGGCAAUGCACUGAAGAGGAGGAGUCGAUACAUUCAUUUUUCUUCUUGCCCACCACCCUGCUUUUGUGGCCAAUUAAAUCAGGCCCAAAAUGAUAUUUGGCGUUUUUAUUUAAUUAUUUUUUGCUAAGACGAGCCAGACGAGCUCCAAUUAGAACAUUUGAUUUGUGAAAGGUUCACUUGUUUCCUUAGUAACAUCCCCACUUUCUCGCUCCCUCCUCUCCUUUCUACCUCCCCUCCCAAAUAACCCCCCAGGUCCCUCUAUUAGGCUGCUGAAAGCCUUCUUGCAGUUCGAGUAAAGGAGGAGGAGGAGGAGGCAGAAUUUUUUGUUCCACACAGAAAGCUCAGUUGCCUUUCAAAAUAUUUAUACAGAGAUCAACAGCAAUGAACACAGUGCUACGGACACACAGCCCUGAAAAAGGUGUGUCUUCUGUAUACGUGCUGUUUUUAAACCGAAGACUUUAGAGCCCAGAGUCGGAGCUCCACAAAGUAAACCGUGGGAGAAAACCCCCUCUGCCUUGGUACCCAGACUGUGCUAUCUAUUAUAUUUGGAGAAUGUUUAACCAACACUCGUGGCUUUUUUUCAUAAUCAGUUUCUUUUUUUGGUUUUCCAAAGGGAAUAAUAUAUAUAGGUAUUAUAUAAUAUAUACAUAUAUAUAUAUAUAUAUAUGUAUUUAAAUAUAGCUUUCAGGAGAAAAGACAAUGUUGCAAAGAGGAAAUAUAAUAAAUUAAUCUGCACCUGUUUUUUUGGUUUUUAGUAUAGAAGGCAGAGAGAAAUCUUUAAAUCUAUUCCACUAAUAGUUUACUCAUUUCUACCAAUUAUAUACAUACUUAUAUAUAUACGUACAUAUAUAUAAGUAUUCUAUAUAUAUAUAUAUAUAUUUGAAAGGAAAAAGUAUAUAAAUAUGGAAAUGAAGUUUUUGUCAUAGGUAUCCAACUUUCCUUAUGGUCACUCCUUUUUUGAACCGUAGCAUGACGAGUUGCUUCAUGUUUUUGACAAAGAGUUUGUUGUUUGUUUUUAUUUUCUUACGGUCUUCCUUCAUACUAAAGGGCAUCCCGUAAUGUGAGGCUGAGACCCCAGUUGACACCCAUCCCUACUGCUUCAGCAACAGAUCCCGCUGCCUGUGUAUCCACAAUAACACAUCAAGGGCACCGGCCACCUAUGUGCAAGCUGACUGGCUUUAAAGGGGCUCUUCAUCUUAUGCCUGUUUAUCACUCAGGGAUGGAAGUUUGGGGCACCAGCAUGAAGAGGUUGCUUGCUGUUUUACUACUAGAAAUUGAAUUUUUCUUACACUUCAACAGUUAAACACCACCAUAGUCUGUUAGAGAGCUAGUAAAGAUUCCAUCCCUGUCCCCGAUAGUGUUACUUAGACCAGUUUGCACAAGGUCUGGUAUCAAUUUCCAAGCAUGGAAACCUGGAGAAACAAGCUUUAACUGUUCAAAUAAUUUUUUUUAAAAAGCUAAUAAUUGUGUUCCUUUACCUGUAUAACCAAUAAAAACUUGCCAUACAAGCUUAAAUGAGCUUGAUGUGUAUGCCCUUCUGAAAUGCCACUGCAGGGAAUGUCUGUAGUUUCUCAGGCUGUGGGGAUGGGAAAGCCUCUGCAAGGUCUUAAAGAAAAUUCAGUAUUUUACAACCUGACAUUAUUGCUGCUUUCCUCGAUCUUUACCAUUUUCUAAGUGAGUAAAAUAUCAUAAACAGAGGGACAGCUACAACUCAAAACAAUAAGGCGCAGGUUGUUUAAAAAAAAAACACUGAAUUUUCCUUUAACAAUACAAAUCUACAAUUGUACUCAUGAGUAGCUUCUGCUGGCAGUGAGAAACAGUGAGUUUUAUUCACACAACGAAAUGCAUUUUAUAGCUUUUCUCUGACGGGAAGCCAGUAAAUGUCUAUUACCAGUAAAAAAAGUAAAACCUCUGUGCAUCAGCAGAAUCCAAUCAGUAUGCCAAGGCACUUACACCUGGCGAAAAAGUGCACGCAUGUUUAGUUUCUUUUUCUCACAGUUUGUAAAAGCAGGUGGGGAAUUUAACGGUGUAUGUGGGUUGUAGGAAUAGCACUCACUGCCUCGCUGUGACCUCACUGAUUAUUCUUUUGUUUUUGACGUAGAUGUCACGUCCUCAGACUCAUUUGAACACUUCUUUUUUUAAAUUGUUCUUAUCAGUUCUUCUUUUGUCGUUUGAUUUGUUACCCUCGGACACUGUGGGUAGAUUUUGUAGCGUGUGGAUCAUGACUCAUCUGAAUUUUAGAGUGACUGAAAAAGAGCAGAAAAAAAAUCUCCUGUCCAUUCUAAACAUACUUACACUUGUAAAAAAUAAACAAACUACAAAUAUUUGCUUUUUUUAAUCACAAGCAAUGUAUAUAUAAUAGAUUUCAUAUAAAUUUUUGAAAAACAAAAAGUAUAUAGAUCUAUAUAUGAAUGUUUGGCAUAUAUGCAUAGUUAACCACCUGUGAAAAAAAGGUGAGCAGAUUUUAUUCUUUCUAUGAACUCUUGAACUUUUGAACUCUGAACUAUGAACUAGGGGAUGAUUUGCACAAAACAAGGUGACAAGGUGCUAACAUAAAAGCCACCCAUCGUCCAAGAGCAUGCGUGCAUCUGGAUUCCCUGAAUCUCUCUGUGUGGUCGUUCUUCUUCACUGUGUGUAUGGCAGUGUGUAUGUGUGCAAUCGCUUAUUUGUUUCCAUUUUUGUGCGUUUGUUUGGGAUUGAAACAAUGAGAAUGCGUGUGACAGUGCAAGAGCGUCAGUGUGUGUGUGUGGUUAAUUGUUAGGGUUUACAUCACUGGAGUUGGUCCACUAUAGCCUUACUGUAUUACCAUCAGAUGUUGCCAGCAGUGGCUGUGUCACACAAACACACGUGCUCACAAAAUGCACACACACACAAACAUAAAAAUGCACACAUGCAUUAAUCUUCAUUUCAAAACUCAACAUCAUCGUCCGGCAUUCUUGUUUUGUACUAAGUGACGUCUUCAUAAAGUGGACUGCUCGGCUCAAGAGCAACAAGACAGACUGAGAUUACCACAUUAUUGAUGAACACGGUCACAUUUUAUAUUGCAAGACAACCACAGCUCACCUUGUAACUGUGUAGGCACGGCUUAUGCAGUAUCACUGUUUUGUAAACCCAUUCCCAGAUGGCAUUUGUGCUCUUUACCCUCCACUCUGUCUGGCAGCACUCCUCUUUCCUUUUUCAGACCUUCAGUUUCUGAGUUUUGGAUAUGCUAUAUGAAGUGAUCCAGUGAGGAACAAACAACACAAAGGAAAAAUGUGCCAAAAAGUAAAUAAACUUUUCACUGUAUAUUUGUCUUUGCUUUAGGACUAUCUUAGUUACAGCACUCUAAAGCUGUUAGAUAACAUGAUAACAUGGUGCCAUCUCCUGGAAAUCUUGAGAACAGAUGUUUGUUAGAUCCUUCUGUAUUUUCCUGCAGCUGGAAGUACAGUCAUUACUUUUAUUUUUUGAAGAAGUAGUACAUAUAUAUAUAUAUAUAUUCUCAUAUUAAUUAAUAUCUGUAUUAUUAAAUUAUUGAUUUAAAUGAAAUUUGGAGACAACUGCUUGAUUUACUGUGAUAAAGGGUGAACAUAUGCAGUCUGAAGUUUGACACAGCCUGGCCUGGUUAGGAGAAUAAGUGCUGUACUAAAUAACUGCUUGGACCGGUGGCUAAGAUUACCACAGAUACAGACUCAAAAUGAGCAAAGUGUAACAGAAGUACACAUCAUUUGGUCAAAUAAUUUCCUUUGUCUUAUUUUGUAAUCAACAAAGCACAAUCUACAUAGUAUAGGGGCAGCAGCGUGACCUUUUUUAAAAACCCACUGGAGUCCAGUGACCAAAUGGAACCAGUGAUCUUAUCAUCAAAAGGGUUUUUUUUCUUUCAUUGUCAGUUUUCUCCUUGUUUGCACUGUGAAGUUUAGAUUGGUGGAUGUAUCACUGCAACACCUCAGCCUUGUCUCACGGGUUAAGCUUCCCCUUAUCGGCAUCAAAUGACCAGAAAACUCAUCUGCAAUUAUUCUCCCUUUGCACACUUAAAAAUAUUCAUAUAAAAGUCCCUCUGUAUUUUAAUACACAAAAUCCCGUGUACAAAUAUGAGUUAACCAGAAGCUACCUAGUAUUCCUCAUGCAGAGUAAGGGAGAUAGUAAAGGUUGAGGCAAGAUCUGAGAUGUUGCCCAGGAUAUCUCCACCACAGAGAUAUAUGUUUGUUAUAUUAUGUAAUAAAUUUAUAAUUAAAACAUGAAA